GUGAUUCUAGUACGCUUCUAGUCGCGUCGCGUACUCUUUCGUUCGUGCUGGGUACUCGGCUCGCUUACUUGUGUAUGUGACAUUUUUUUUCUACGGACCAUUCGCGCUGCUGCAACAUGUUUACCUGGUUGUGCCGCUCUCAUCAUGAUAACCAGCAGUCCAUCGUCGAUUCUACAAUGAUACUUAUGUCGCCUUAUCGGCAGCAUUAAUUUCCAGCUUUGCAAAGCAAAAACAGAGAGAAAGGUGUCAUGGAUGAUGAGAUCCGUCUUGAUGGUGAAGAAGAGAUGGAGUUGGAUGAAGCUUCUGAUGGCGAAGACGAAGAUGAAGAAGCAACAGGGAUCCCUGUAUCUCCAGCUAACUCAGAUCAAUUGCUUGGACAGACAACACCAACAACUUCUGUUACACCAGAUGAGGCUUUUCAUGAUUCGUUGCGAUAUCCAAAGUUUCCAUUGCCUGGUGGAAAACCUUUAAAUAUUCGUCGUGGACCUGGAAGGCCACGAAAAGAAAGACCUUUUGGUAUUACUCGUGGAGGAGUUACUAGAAGAUCUUUUGGAAGAGGUGGUGCUAGAGGCAAAGGACUUGGAUAUACAAGGGGUAUACCACGUCGCACUAAAAGCAAGGAUGAUGAUACACAUUCGGAAUCUCCAAGUCCUUUGCGCACCAUGGGACUGGAUGAUACUACUGAUGGCAGUGAAUUAGUGGGUAAUGUAAUUGAUAGAUCGAUGCCAGCACCAGAAGAGCCUCCAUACUUUCCUGAGCAAUGGCCGGGAAAAGUAUGUGCGUUAUGCAAUUUAAGCGAGAGAAGUCAGUUGGGACAAGGUGAACUUUUGCGUCUGACAUGUCCAUCGGGCUUCACUCCUGAGAAGUCAACGAAUCGCGAUGAAACAGCUACUGAUCAUCUCGUCGACGUCACUGUCGCAGGAGAUAAAAGUCCGCGUGCUACUGGACCUGGAAUUGCUGUUACCUGUCGUAGGCAAAAAAGUCUAGCCAAAUGCAGGAAUACUAGUCUAUCUAAUUUCACGGAGCCGGUGGAAGAAUUGACAAUCGUAGGCUAUUUGGAAGAGCCAGAAGUCGGGAUUCUAUUCGAUUCCUCGACCGGCCAUUAUUAUGUUCACCAGUCAUGUAUUAUAUGGUCUAGCAACAGUCAAGAUUUGGUACCAGAAUUGACUUGUCGUGCCGUCCUGCAAGCUUCUUCCAGACGUUGCGCCUAUUGCUCGCACUAUGGUGCUGGAAUUCCCUGCAAAGUGGCAUCGUGCAAUCGUUAUUUUCAUUUUCCAUGUGCCGCAGCUAGUAGUUGCUUUCAAGAUACUAAGAAUCUAGCCCUUUUCUGUAGUCAGCAUCUUGGUCAAGUUCCGCUCUUAUUAAAUGGAGAAGUAACUUGCGUUCAAUGUUAUGGAAUGGGUGAUGUUUCAAACUUAGUGAUGUGUUCUGUGUGCGGCCAACAUUAUCACGGUAGUUGCGUGGGUUUAGCAUUAUUGCCUGGAGUACGUGCUGGAUGGCAAUGCGUGUCUUGCCGAGUGUGUCAAGUCUGUCGGCAACCUGAGGACGUUUCAAAGGUGAUGCUAUGUGAGCGAUGCGAUAAGGCUUAUCAUCCCGGCUGUUUGCGACCAAUUGUUACUUCCAUUCCAAAAUAUGGCUGGAAGUGCAAAUGUUGUCGAGUGUGCACUGAUUGUGGUUCACGUACUCCAGGAGCAGGACUAUCUUCCAGGUGGCAUUCUCAUUAUACCGUUUGUGAUUCAUGCUAUCAGCAACGCAAUAAAGGGUUUUCUUGUCCACUUUGCAGGAAAGCAUAUAGAGCUGCAGCAUAUCGCGAGAUGGUUCAAUGUCAUGGAUAAAAAUUCGUGCAUGGUACAUGCGAUCCCGAAGCCGAUCCAUUGACUUAUCAGCAGCGCAAAGAAGCAAAGCCGGAUUACGAAUACAUCUGUUUGCAUUGCAAAAGUAUUGCUAUGGUAGCUAGACGGAAGGACAGCAUCGACGAAGGCGACUUAAGCCUGAGUGCUUCUCAAGAAAGUCUUGAUGGCGAAUCUUCUGAGUUUGAUUAUCAAGGUGGUGGUUCUGAAGAAGCGCUUUAUUCAGUUGGAUUAGGAAAAGGGAAACCAUUUUGUGCUACAAAAAUUGCAAAGAAAAGAUUGGGUAUUAGCGGGGUUAUUGGUAGACCCAAAGGUAUUGGAAAAGUGGGCUAUCAGAAGAGGCAGAAAAUGACGGAAUUUGGAAGAAAGAGGGGACCAAAAGGAAAGAUGAGAGGAAUCUUUGGAGUACCGGAAGUAGGACUGCAGGGACCGAAUCCAGAUUCAUCUCAAUCAAAAGAAGAAGAACAACUUGGAGAGAAUAGAUUAAUUCUUUGCUCGGCCAAAGAUAAAUUUGUUCUAACUCAAGAUAUCUGUGUGAUGUGUGGUUCGAUUGGCAUGGAUCAGGAAGGUUGUUUGAUUGCAUGUGUACAAUGUGGUCAAUGCUAUCAUCCAUAUUGUGCUAACGUCAAAGUCACAAAAAUCAUCUUGCAAAAGGGUUGGCGAUGUCUCGACUGUACUGUUUGCGAAGGCUGUGGUGAACGAAAUGAUGAAGGUCGCCUGAUUCUUUGCGAUGACUGUGAUAUUAGUUAUCACAUUUAUUGUAUGGAUCCACCUUUAGACUAUGUACCGCAUGGUACUUGGAAAUGCAAAUGGUGUGCACAAUGCCAAACUUGUGGUUCCAAUGAUCCCGGAUUUAAUUCAUCUUGGCAGAAAAGUUAUACACAGUGUGGACCUUGUGCUUCCCACACUGCUUGUGUAGCUUGUCAAGAAGCUUAUCAAGAGGGCGAUCUCAUUAUUCAAUGCAUACAGUGUGAAAGAUGGCUUCACUGUGGUUGUGAUUCGAUUAAAAGCGAAGCUGAGGCCGAACGCUGUGCUGAGGAAGGUUACGUUUGCCUUCUCUGUCGUCCUAGAGAUAUUCCUCCUCCUCAUCUUCUCUCUAAACCUUCGAAAUUUGCUCGGUUGUCUCCUCCACCUCAAAAUCGAAAUCCGGAAUUGUUUAAAGCUUCGUCACAACAAUAUCUGGUGGAAGGAGUAUAUCUUUCUGAAGCUGGUAUGAAUCAUAUCAAAUCCUUAACUGCAGAACAUCAGCAAACGAGAAAAAAGAAAAGAAAACAACCUCCGGUGGAUAAAGAAGCAGAUAUCAUGGCGACUAUUGAAUCUGUUGUUGCUGGAGGAAGCUUAGAUAAUUCUUUAGAAGAAAACAAUAAAUUAGAACUGAUGGAUGUCAAAGAUGAGCCAGAAACAAUAUUGAAAGAAGGUAUGGUGUGGAACCAACCUGCUCCUGAAGGUUUCAGCAUUUGCACUUCGGAAAAUGGACUUCCUGUUUUACGAAGAAAACGUCAAAGAAAUCUGCAAAAAUUAGGAAUUGGUGGAUUUAUUGUAAGAUUGAGAACCAGGAAGGAUAAAGAAGAAGAAGGAGAUGCCGAAAAAUCUGGAGAAUCUUCAAUCGUAGGUAUGGAUGAUAAACCUCGGAGGAAACCUCAGAGAAGAAAGCCGAAGACAAAAUUAGCAGAAUGUUUCCCUAUUUAUAUGCAAGAAGCUUUUUUUGGCAAGGAUUUAAUGGAUACAACGAAAGAGAAAGAUCUUGAAAGUAGCAGCGAAUCCGAAGAAGAACAUAAAGUUCCUGAAAAUGCCAAUACAAUUCAGUUAUCUCAAGAUGAAUUGAAGGUUAUGGAACAAGUUAAAGCAAAACAAGAAAAAGAAGAUGAAAAAGUUACUUCUGACCAAAUUAAGAGAGAAGAAAUUGUAGAAGAUGAGAGAAGUGAUACUGAAGCACUCGAAGAUAUUUUACCAAUUUCUGGGGAUUUAUUGGAUAGCGAUUUAGUAAAUACAAUAAUGAAUGAAAAUGAUGAGGAUUUGGCAAAGGCCAGCGAAGCAUUGGAUGAAUUAGACGAUGCUCAAGGUGGAAAUAAAGAUGAAUUGACGGAUAUCCUUAGUCCACAUUUUAAUUUGGAAUCAAUGGUCAGAGAUACUGGCUUACCUAAUAUGGAUAGUAAAGAUAUUGAGGAGAUAUUUAAAGGCGUUCUAACCGAUGAAUCUCAAGAAUCACAGGAAUCAUCGGUGUUUUCUGUCCAAGCUCAGACUUCACAUCCUUCGUCAUCCACCACUCCCCUAGUUUCACCUUCUCCUCAUCCUAAUAUUCAAGCUGCAAUGCCUUUGGCGAGAUCUCAAGUACCUAGUGCUCUACCUUCAGUUGGUCAAUCAAGCUUAAAUUCUCCAAUGAGUUUUCCACCUCCUUCACCAUAUCAUUCCGAAUACAGCAAUAGUCCGCAAUUCAGUCCAGCAUUUUCGGAGCCACCCAGUCCAUGGGUAAAUCCUGAGGAUGAGGGAAAUGCGCCAUCAGGUAAUGCUACCAUUUCAUACAAUCAAAGAACCAGUUUAAAAAUGGAGGCUGAUGAAGUAUUAGGCACUGAAGCGACAAUAUCCUCGGUUCUUUAUGCUAACAUGGCGCAUCCUGAAUGGAAAACUGAUUAUCCAACAUGGGCCGAGAGAUGCAAGCAAAUCCUAAAGAAAUGGCGCGCACUUCCAAAUGAACAAAGGGCCCCUUAUUUGUCUAAAGCUCGAGACAAUCGAGCCACUAUUCGUAUGAAGAAGACACAACAGCUCUCCAAGGAGACACCACCACCAAGCACCACCAACACUAUCAUCACUACCAAUAUAACCACCAAUACCACCACCAUCAAUAUGAACACCACCACCACUACUACCACCGCCAUGACUACCAUCAUCACCAAACCUGCCGCUAUGACGGCUCAGCAGCAACAACAGCAGCAGCAAGGGGUGGGUUUGAGGCCCAUGGAAAAACAACCAGGAAUGUUGAUGACCACUGGAAUGACAUCAACAGGCAACAAUCAGCAUCAGGAGGUGUGUGGGGUGCAGGGAACCCCGCCCAGCCCUUCUCUCUCUCCCGAGGCUUCCAGAAACCUACAGUCGUCCGCCUUGCAAUCUUGCACAACACCAGCUUCUUCGUCCUCUUUAUCUUCUUCUACAUCUUCCUCUUCUUUUUCUCAUUGCAACAAUUCGGGUGAAGGGCAACAAACCCUCCAACAACGUCCAUCCCCGAUUGUCGUUAACAGCGGCAGUGGCAGCAGUAGCAUAGAUCAGCAUCAGAUCCGAGUGCUCACUCCGUCCGAGAUCAUGCGUACCCUUCCGUCCCUCAGCCAGGAGCACUACGACCCCCCACCUCCGCCACCACCACCACCACCCACUGCAAUUGUUCACACUGUGCCUCCUGUACAGAACCAUCACCACCACCACCACCAUCACCACCACCACCCGAAUAACAUCAUGGAACAGGAUAGAUUAUCAAAUAGAGAUCGAUCUAGUAAAUUGGCUGAGCAGGAAAAAAAAUGGAAAUGUCUUCAAGCUUCACAUCAGCAACAAAUGCAACAUCAACAGCAGGGAAUUGCCAAAGUACAAAAGAUGACUACCGAGGAUAAUACAUCUCAAUCAACUAGUGAUACCACAUCUGGAUUGACGACACAGUUACAAGUUUCCACGGCGCAAGAUACAAACCAAUUGACUUCCCUGGCUUCUCCUUCGCCAGGUUCUCGCAGUACUUUUGCUACGCCUUCUCUCAAAGUUCCUCGCAGUCUUACACCUCAGUCUCCUCAUCAUCAAAAUAUGAUACGUUUGCCUGUACAAGCUCCUUGUCGGGCGAUACGUCCGGGCUUUCCUCAGCCUCCGUCUCCUUUCUCGCCGCAGGCACCACAAUCACCUCAUGAUUUUCCUCAAUCACCUGCAUCCUCUCAGCCUUCUCAGGAAUCACAUUUCCAGCGUUUCGAGGGCAAUGUUUCAACUCCCGCAUCCCCCUAUUCAUCACCUCAGACAUCAGGUACACCUCGUGCUCCUGUAUUUAAUCCCCCGCGACCUCCUGUUUAUGCUCCUCCUCCUCCCCCUCCUCCCUCCCUCCUCCUCCUCCACCUCCCUCCACCUCCACCUCCACCUCCACCUCCACCUCCACCUCCUCCUCCUCCUGCAACAUCGCGAACUCCUGAUCCUUACAGCCAGCCACCUGUCACUCCCACAUCUGUCCCAGCUGCAUCCAACUAUUCAUCGCCUAGAGGUUCCGAGACCCCUCGAAUACCUCAAGAACAAGAGGCUUUCGGGCAACAACCAGAAAUCAAUAGACAAUUGAGAGAUUUAUUGCAAAGGCAACAGUAUAAUAAAAAGGUUGAAGCAGUCGGCACCAAUUGGAUUCAAGAUGGACAGAAUAAUACGGGGAACAAUCAGCAACACUUUGAAACAAAUCACAUGCAGCUUCAACAACAUUCUCAAGUACAAAACAAUUCCGGUGAAGGAACUUUUAGACAUCCGCUUCCACCAGGCAUCGUUAGACCCAGAAUGCCUAUUCAACCGAACGUUUUAAUAAGGAACUCCAUUGGAAUAAAUUCGCGACAUCCUGUAGCAGGAAAUAUUCAGAAUCCAAUUGACCCUCGUACGAGGAUGCUGCUGCAGAGUAGGCCCCAAGUAGCCAGCAAUAUACCUGUUCAACAUUUCUCGGGAACUCAAGGUCUCCAAACACGAAUGCCAACAGUAAGAAAUGUCAUUUCUGAAUCUUAUGACAUUUUGCAGCAACAAAGAUUUACAGAUACAAAUCAGAUGCAGAAUCAGCGCAUUGCACGGACAGCGCAGGACAAUCUAAAUCAAGGUAUUCGCAUGUUGAGCACAGCUCCAGGGAUAGUCCGAACACCACUCAUUCCUACGACGAUUGGCGAAACCACCGGAGUAGUUACUUCGGAAGCAUCUGAAAUUCCUGACAAUGUAACAGCUGAAUUGGAAAAGUUGGAACAGGAAGGAGCUGGACAAAUGGUUGAAGUCGAAGGGGUCAGUGCAAUAUUAGGAGAUCUAGCAGAUGAUGAUGACGAAUUGCUUGCUGAAAUGGGAGCGGACUUUAAUAUCUUGGAGUAUGCGGAUCCUGAAUUGGAUACAAUCACGGGUGUAGAAAAAACUAAUAUUCUGGUCGAUCUGGCGCAAGAUCUCGAGCAAGUUGAAGUUGAUUCUAAAGAUGAUAAACAAAAAAAGGAAACUAGAGAUGAAGAUCAAAAAUCAGAAUUAACUGGUCCACCCUCUGAAAUUGCUGAUUCCUGUUCGACGAAUACCAAUUUAACUUUGGCAGAAAAUUCUAAUGUGCCGACAAUGACAUCACCACAAGCGAUAUCACAGGCAAUGCAGGCGCAAGUGCUACAACAGCAGAUGCAUCAACAAGUUCAACAAGCGGCAGCGAUGGGUCGGCCAAUGCCACCAGGAACAAAAUUAGUAGCGCCAGAUGGAACGAUCGGAGUAGUAACUUCUACAAAUACGGUAACUGUGAGUUAUUCAUCGAGUUUUCCUGGACAUCCGCAGAGACUUCCGCAGACACAUAUACAAGUCUCACAACAACAACGGCUAGGUAUGCGAGUAGCGGCAGGAAUGUCAAAUAUGGCAAGCAGAAUAGUUGGUGUAAAUCACAUGAUCGGUCCCCGAAUGCCUUUGGCUCCACCACCGCCGCCGCCACCGCCUCCUUAUCCAGGACCACCACCGCCAUAUCCUGGACCGAUACAGAUGGGACUAUGCCCGGGUGGUGGUGGUGGGCGAAGUAUGACGCGGCCCUCGGUCCAUAUGACAGGGCAUCAAGUACCGGUGGCAGGUCCGUCAAUGGGCCCCGUAGUGCCGCAUCCUCACCGGAGAUCUUUGCUUCUGCAGCAGUCGUGUUCACAGGAGCAGCCAUUAUUGCUGGAGGAGCUAUUAGAGCAGGAGAAACGGGAACAAGAAAAGCAACACCAGCAACAGCAACAACAGCAACAUCAACAACAGUCUGAAAAUGUUGCCGGAGGAACUCUUUUGAGCGACAGCGAUUUUGAAAAAAUUAAAGCUGAUGUUUUGGGUAACACAUCGCCUCCUCAAGGCAUGGUGACUGUAAUAAGGCCACCUUGCACGGCACGAUCACCUUCUGCAUCUAAUACUAAUUGGCAGCAAAAUAGUGCAGCUUCUGAUGGGGCAGCAAAACUAGCGGCGGUACAGGUGGGAUCAAGACAACCCAUUGCUACACAGACUCCGCCAGAACCAAGAGUAGCUACGUUCAAUAUUUCUCAAAAACCAGCACCUCCGGCUCCACCAGAAAAUAUAGUUAAUGAGCAGGAUCGGCAAGCAGCACUGCAAUAUGAGCAGUGGCUUAAUCACCAGCACCAGAUAUUAUCACAACAAUUAAAAUAUUAUGAAGUAGAAGUUCAAAAACUUCGCAAGAUAAGAAAGUCUCUCAAUAGUAAGCAACGUCAACUUCGCAAAUCUGGUAAUGAGCUAACAGAGACCGACGCUGCCGAGCUACAACGGAUUUCUAAUGAACAAGCUAUUCUUCAAAAACAUUUAGAUACUUCGCGUAAACAACUCCGUCAACACGGCAUAGUGAUUCAAGAGUAUCAAAACAAACAACAACAACGACAAACUCAAUCUCAAUCAAAUGAACCCUGUUCUCCAUUAAUGUCACCUUCUCAACAUUCUCCAAUGCAUUCUCCAGCAGCAUUGGUUUCUCAAAGUCCAGGUCCUAGUAUGAUUCAACAUUCACCAGCUACUCCAUCAAUUGUUCAACAUAGUCCAGGUACUCCGUUGCUUCAACAUAGUCCAGGAAACCCUCAAUCAACCAAUCCAGGUACAAUGUCACCUCAUAAUGUUCAACAACAAUCGCCAAGAAUUGGCACUCCUCAUUCUCAAAGUGAUGAAAGUCCCUUUAGUCCUGGACCAAUGCCUUCUCCAGGUCUAUGUAAUCCUAACACUACACGAAUGACUUCACCACAACAUAGAGCCAUUAUUGGCGGAAGAUUGGCAACUUCUCCUGGUGCUUUUACACCAGAGCCACGAAAUCAGCAAAUGAUAAAUGAACAGAAUGUAAGAGUUCAUGGUUUAGUUCAGAGAUUUGUUAGGCCACCAGAACAGGCGCAGAGAAGAGGAGGUAUUGUCUACAAUCCACAAUUAGGCCAACCACAGUUACUAAGUCAACAGCAGCAUCAGCAAUUGUUGCAGAGGCAGCAGCUUAUUCAGCAACAGCAUGAAAAUAUUCCUCAGGAUCAAGUUCAAGGUACUAUUGUUCGAGGCACACUACAAAGGCAACAAGUUUUUCAGCAACAUGAAGGUGUUUCUCGACAACAAAUUCUUCAGCAACAGCAGCAACAAAAUGAUAUUUCUCAAGAUGGACAGAAUAUUAUAACUCAAAGAAAUUUGCAAAUUGCUCAAAGACAGAUUCUUCAGCAGCAGCAGCAGCAGCAAGCUGAUAUUAUGUCUCAAGAGGGACAAAAUGUUGUUACUCAAAGAAGUUUACAAAUGGCUCGGCAACAAAUUAUUCAACAGCAACAGCAACAAGAAAGCAUUUCUCAAGAGGGACAAAAUAUUGUUCAAAGAUCAUUGCAAUUGACUCAGCAACAACAGCAAAUGCUUCAGCAACAACAAAUUCUUCAACAAUCCGAAGGUAUUUCUCAAGAGGGACAGAAUUCUAUUAAUCAAAGAUCAUUGCAAACGGCAUCACAACAGCAACGACAACAAAUUCUUCCACAGCAAACUGAUAUUAUUUCUCAAGAAAGUCACAAUGUUGUUACUACUCAAAGAAAUUUGCAAAUGGUACAGAAACGACAAAUUCUUCAACAUGAAGUUGUUUCUCAAAAUAUUUCUCAAGAUGGACAAAAUUCUAUUAAUCAAAGAACAUUGCAGAUGGCUCAGCGACAGCAAAUUCUUCAGCAACAACAACAUCAACAGGAAGGUAUUUCUCAGGAUGGGCAAAAUAUUGCUGUUCAAAGGAAUUUGCAAUUAACACAACAACGACAGCAACAUGAAAAUGUCUCACAGAAUAUUUCUCAAGAAAUUGGACAAAAUGUUGUUCAAAGAACAUUACAAAUGGCUCAACAGCGCCAACAAAUCCUGCAGCAUCAGCAACAUGAAGGUAUUUCUCAAGAUGGACAGAAUACUAUUGUUCAAAGAAACAUACAAAUAGCGCAACAGAGGCAACAAAUUCUUCAUCAAAAACAACAACAGCAACAUGAAGAUCUUCCUCAAGAUGGACAAAGCACUAUUUCUCAAAGAUCAUUACAAUUAAUUCAACGAUCACAAAUUUUACAGCAACAACAGCAUGAAGCUGUUUCUCAAGAAGGACAAACUUCUAUUGCUCAAAGAUCUUUACAAUUGGUACAACAACGUCAACAACAAAUUCUUCAUCAACAACAACAGCAACAUGAAGUUAUUCCUCAAGAAGGACAGACUCCAAUUGCUCAGAGAUCACUUCAGAUGCCUCAGCAACGUCAACAAAUCCUUCAACAGCAACCUGAAGGGAUUUCUCAAGGGAUUUCUCAGGAAGGACAAAAUACUAUUGGUCCAAGGUCGCUUCAAAUGGCUCAACAUCGGCAGCAUAUUUUCCAGCAACAGCAACGUCAAUUUUUGCAAAUGCAACAACAACAACAACAACAACAACAACAGAAACCACCCAACUCGCCAAUGGUGUCUCAACCAUCAAAUUCUCCAAGUCCUCAGCUUCAUCAGCAACUUCAACAAGGUUACGGCCAACCUCCAAGUUCACCCAUGAUGCAACAAACAACGAUGGGUUCUCCGAUGCUUCAACAGCAAUUAAAUCCGACUUCACAACCUCCUAGUCCAAUGAACAGGAUUUCACCAAUGCUUCAUAGUAGUCAUCAUCAUUCUUCAACAAAUAAUCAACCACCCAGCUCUCCUAUGAUGCCUAGAAGUCCCUUGGUAGCUGGAUCUCCUAUGCAGAUGCAGCGAAGACAAUCUACCGGAAAUAGUCCGGCUAUGCCAGACAGACCUCAGAGCGUAGAAAACCCUGGAACUCCAAGAACACCACACACACCUCAUAGUUUUGUUCAACAAAAUGCUAAUUUAACUGUAACAACAAAUGAUCAACAGCAAAUGUCUCAGCAAAUUUCUCAGCAAGUUUGUCACGAACAAGCUCCUUUGUCAGAUAAUCUUUCUAGAGGCGGAGGAAAUUCUAAUAAUCCUUUAAAUCCAAUUCCUUUUCUCAAGAAACCUGAAUACUAUAAAUUAGGAUUAAGGGGUGGUUCUUCAAGUGAUCAGCAACAAAUUCCUCAAAAAGUUUUUCAGAAACAAGAUUUUUCACCUUCAGAAAAUUCCACAAAGAAUGGAGAAAAUUUUAACAAAUCUGCAAAGCCAUUGCGAUUUCCUAAUUUUGGACGAUUUGGUUGGUUCAAAUUAGGUUUAAGAGGAGGCUCGCCAAUGUGGUCAAGCAAAACAGAAAGUAGUAAAGGCGGUAAAGGAGCAGAAACGUCUCAGACGAAAAGAGAUCAAUCUGUAGAAGAGAAAACAAAUAUUUCUACGAAUCGAAAAACUGCCAGAAUCAGCUCGUUAGUCUGCGUUGAUUACAAUGACUUUGAUGAUGAUUCACAUACACCACCGCAAGCUUCUCCAACAACUUUGGAAGUAAAAUCAGCUGUUCAAGGUUCUUCUUUAACAUCUUCAACAUUGGAUAAUGGAUCUUUAAAUUUGGAAAGUCCUGGAGAAAAAUUGGAACAACUCCCAGAUACGACAGAUUAUGAUGAUGACAAAACUAUAGUUAAUACUGAGGUAACUUUGAGUUCUACAGCUCAGCGAGAUAGUGACGAUAUCACUGUGAUUGAACAAUUUGGUGACUCAGAAUUGGUUGAUGUUAUCUCGGGUACUUUAGAGGGUGAUAUGCAGGAAGAAUAUGUUCUUUUUGAGCCUGGAAUGGUAGUGGAUCUGUCUGCUGAUAGUAAUGAUUCACUUUGUCAUGCUCUAGUAAAUGAUGCUGGUCCAGGUCAUGACUUGGUACAAAUUUUAGAGAUUGAUAAUUCUGAAUCACAAUCAGAAGAACCGAUUUUGAGUGAUGAAGAUCUAGUCCCAUCUCAUUCGAGAAAUAAAAAAGGCCUUAGACUUGAUAUAGUGAGGACCUUGCAAUCUGGAAAAAAAUUAGUAACUGUAACCGACACUCCAGAGUCUCCAGAUCAGGAAGAACUUCGAAUUGAUCCUUCUCCAGGUCCUUAUUUGGAUCAGUCUCCUGAUCAAGAACUUAUGGUAUCUUUAGUAAGUGAAUCUGAAGUAGUUAUUAUCGAUCCUACGACGAAAUCUCCUGAAGAUAAUCUUUCUAAAGGCUCUUGCGACGAAGAGACUGACAAAGCUGACAUCAAUGUACAAACUAAUGUUUCUAAGGAAAAUACAUUUAGUGAAGGAUCAACGGAUGAUCAAAUCAAAUCUACAAACCAAAAUAAGAGUCCCACAAAUUUUAUUUUUUCAACUAAAUCUUAUACUAAAGUUUCAACUUCAACGGUGCAUCCAACAAAUAUUAAUGUAACAAUCUCAAAAUCGGCAGUUUCUUUAACAAAUACUGUAAUUUCUUUAAAUUCAACUCCGAAUCUAACUUCUAUAAGUUCCAAUCCUCAAGUAAAUCAAGUCUCGGUUCAGCCAAUUACGGCAGAAAUUAAAACAGCGGAUCAGUUUGACUUGAAAGAAGUUUCUUCGAGCUCUUUCAGCAAUCAGAAAGGCAUUACUUUAUCGACAAUGGCAAGCAUUGUGGCAGAUGCAAAAAUUGCUGCAAAACUUAGUCAAACUGCUUUGGAGAACAUCUCUAAUUCUCAGAAAGACAAAUCGAACCCGAGAAUUACCUCUGUAAAUGAGAUACCGAAAAUGUUAUUUUCCGAGAAACCUUCGACAACUUUUUCGAAUUUGCCAAAUACAAUGGAACGUCUGAACAAUCCGACGAAAUUAAUUCUAAGCGUACAAUCAACUUCCGUGACUCUGUCAACUCCAAAAAUGUCAAUUCCAGAUCUAUCGAAAAAAGAUACCACCUUAAAGAGCAAAGAGAAAUUAAUAGAAAAUCAAGAAGGCGAAAUCAAGAAGCAAGAAGAAGAGAUUUAUGACAAAAUUAAAAACGAAAGCGAUGUUUCGGAUACAUCAAAUAUUUUUUCAAUUACCGAAGAGAAGAAAAGUGAUCCAUUAAAUACUACAGACGAACUGGAGAGUAUGUUAGAAGCCAUUCACAAUCCUGAAGAAAAUGUUGAAAAUAAAAAUGAUAUGCCAACGACAACUUUGAAAAGAAUGUCGCCUGUUACUGAUGAUUUAUCACUUGUCAAUAUUCUGGAAAACGACACUGAACCGGUGGAAAAUGAUAAAGAACAGAUUUCAGAUUCAGAUACACAAAAAACGGUCAAAUUGGAAGAAAUCCAGAAGAACAUUGAAGAGACUAAUAAUGACAAAAACACACUUUCAAGUGAAAAGAAUCGUCAAGAAGAACUGUGUACUGAAACGGAAAAUUCUAAACAAUUUCUCCAACAUUGUUUGAGCGAAGAAAAAACCUUGAUGGAAGAAUCUUCUGAUGAUAUUUUAGAUAUGUUACACAACAUUAUUUCAUCGAAACCAGAAAUGGCAAACAGUAGCGAACUAAAAUCGAGUCUUAUUUAUCAGAUGCCAACUCCAUUAGAUACUUUACCCUUGAAUAUUCUUCAGGAUUCGUUAAUGGAUUUAGAACAAGAAAAUCUUGAAAAUGAUCAAAUUUCUUCAACCGAAGUUAAAAAUGAAGUAAAAAGUCAAACUGCAGAAAUAAAGAAAACUUCUCCAACGACAAAUCAAACUUCUACUUUGGUAGUCAAUACUGUGGCGCAAUUGCAAAAAAGCACAACAACAAUUCCUCACUUAUCACCUCUUUCGAAGCCAACAGAAUUAACUUCCAAUGUAGAUAAUGGGUCCCAUCAACUGAGGAUAUUAUUAUCAUCUGUACAAAGCAAUCAGACAACAGUGAAUCAAACAGGAAUGGUGACCAUGGUCUCUUCAGGGAAGUCUGGAAGCGUUUUGUCUACUUCUAGUCCUCUGUCGACAUUAAAUUCAUCAAAUAAUGUUCAAGGAGGAGUUUCGACUUUAACAAGAUUAGAUCAAAGCCGUUCUCAACCUAGUCUGACCAGCAGUAUUACAAACGAUUCAUGUGAAUUGGCCAUGAAAGAAAAGAAAGAAUUAAAAGAAUGUAGCGGAGUUAUUACUACAAUUUCGAAGGUUAGUAACGAGCAGAUAUUCAGGGUCACUUCUUCAGCAACAACUUUUCAGACCACUACAGUUUCUAGCUCUCUUGCAUGUACCUCUUCGACUGUAAUUACUUCUAAAACCGUUGCGACUUCUAUUUCUAUCACUUCGAAUGCCAUGUUGAAUGCUAUGCUGGCCAGUACUACUUCCUUGACAUCUUCAAUUGCUGGCCACAAUCGAAGUAAUACAGUAUCAACCCAGUCUGCUAAUAUCUCAAGUUCUGUUUUGCCAUCAACUUCAAUACAAAAUCGUUCGCAAAAUCUUCAGGCAAUCCUCCAGGUCAAUUCAGGAUGUUCUACACCUUCGCGAGUAUUGGUAAAUACCAGUUCGGCUGUAACCACUUCAAUGCACUGCAUUAGGACCAUUGUGCCACCUUUGGUAACUUCUAGUGGAGUUUCAAGUACAAGUAUUCUUCAAUCAACUUUAUCGCAAGCUCCAAGUCAUCUUUUGACGUCUAAUCAAAACCAGUUCAAAUCUUCUGGUCUACUACCGAUGGACAAUAAAAAUAAUGAUCUUGAAAAUCAAUCUACGACAAUGAAAAAAGAUUCUGAAGAAUCCAAAGAAAAGAAAGAAAUAGAUUCUAGCAAGAAUUCUUCUAAUUCUUUAAGAUUAGAGGACUCCCAAAAUGUAUUAUUGAAACAACUACUGCAGAACACAGCAUGCUCUACGACUUCGGGGACAACUUCGGGAACGACCUCGGGGACAACUUCGGGGACGACUUCGCAAAAGUCCAUUCUGCCUGUAGGUCUGUCGCUGGAAGCACAAUUAGCCCGACCAAUUUUACUUAAACCAUCUGUGCAUCCCAAGAUGCAUAAUUUGAUAAACGAAACACCGAAACCACCGAAACCAAUUGCAACCAAUACUAAACAAGUUCUUACAAGGGAAACUUCCUUCUUGUCGCACUCAGUAACACCUUUAAAGAUUCAAAGUUCACCAACCAAGGAGGAUUCUUUUAAACCUUCUACUUCUUCACUAUCUAGUUCGGCUGCGACACAAAGAACACAAACUGAAAGCUUAAAGCAACAAGUAAUAAAAUCAGUUCCUGCUUCUUCACCAAGUCCUUCGGGAACUUCAUCAUCAAGUCAACAACCAGUUUCUUCGACAAUAACAACCACAAAAAUAUCUUCUCCGAGCACUUCUACGAGUCAACAAGAAAUUUCUGAAAGUCAGAGCAAAUCGGGAACUAGUAUCGGCGAAGGGUCUCAGACUCAAUGCGUUGCUGUUUCCAUUUCGAAAGUCAGUUUGCAGAAUAAACCGUUGGUGACCUCUGGAAUAGCCUCAAAGAGCGUCCAACUAACAACUAAUAGCUCCAGUAACGUGUCUGGACCACAACCUCAAGUUCAACAGAUCCAAAAUCAGACUCAAAUCGCACAAAAGCCAAUAGUGACCCAACAACAAAUUUCUUCUUCUCCGACUACAUCUAUUCAGCAACAAUCUGUACAGCAACAAGUGCCUCAAAGCCAUGUGGCUGUCGCGGGCCCACCACAGGCCAUUAUGGGGUCCGUUGCCCCAUCGGGUUCCAAUACAGUGCCUUUAGUCGAGGUGAAGAAGGAAAUUGGUCUUGAGGAAGUUUUGUCCGCUUCAAGCGGAUCAACAUCAGCCAAUCAGUUGCAGACCGAUACUAAAGAUUUUCUUACUUCCAAGGAGGAGUUCAUAGACGGCACAAUGGAUGAUAAAACUGAUCUCAAAAAGCUAAAGAGAAGACAGUAUCAACAGAAAAGAAAGCAGAGCCAGGGGAAAGAUGCUGCAACUGCACCUCAGAAAAAACGUUCUCGUAAAGUUUCGCGCCUUGAUGAGGAUUAUGACACAUUUGUGGACAAUUUGAUGGCUCAGUUGCGACAACUUCAGCCGAUGGCAGUUCUGGAACCCCAUCUAAGUCGUAAUUAUGGAGUAUGUCCAAUUUUUGGUUGCGGAGAUCUUGCUAAAAUUGGAAAUCAGAAAGAUUACAACGCUAGAAUUGGUGAAUUGAUUGGUAAUUAUGGAUCAGCCAGUUUACCUGGAAUUUCUGAUCACUAUAAUACACAACCGUUUGGAGAAUUAGAACCUUUGCCACCUCAACAACCCUUGACUACGCAGAGAGGAUUUUAUGAUCAAGAAUUUCCACCUUUAAAAUUGGAUGAUACUGAUGAUAAAAAAGAAAAUAUGAUAACGAAUCGUGAUGUGGACUCUCCUGACACAAUUGUGAGUUCAUCUUCACCUGAAUGUGUUAUACCUGAAUUCAUGCGUUUCCCUGGAUUACGAUUGAUUGAAGAAGACUCAGAUGAAGAGACAGAAUGGUUGAAACGUGUGUCACCCGUUAUACCUUUGAUUUCGCCAAUUCCAAUUAGACUAAAACCUACUUAUCCGAAAGAUGCAGCUAAACAGGAUAAAGAAAAUCUUGGAAUGCCUAAGUUGGGCAAGUCUCCUCCAAUUCCUUUACGAGAAAAUGGAAAUGUUACCGUGACUUUAACUUUGAAUAGUCAGGCUGCCGAUGAUAUAAUGGGUGUACUUAAAGAUCUUGCUAAUAUUUUGAACAUAACACCACCUGCAGGUUAUCAAAUAGUCGAACGCACUACUACUCCUCCCAGUCAGAAAUUAGGGUUGUACAGGACAAAAGGAAAGGACGGCAAAGAGGGUACUCCAAUCGAUAUACAAAGUAUUUUGAACGGUGCGGCCAAGUUCUGUCGUCAUUGUGAUGUUGUAAUUCUUAACAGUCUAAUUCGAAAAAAAGUAUCGGAUUUGCCAUUUUUGAGCAAAGAAGAAGCCGAACCGGGUGAUGAACUUUGUUUCUGUUCAGCAGCUUGUUAUAUGCAAUUUGCUCUCAUGCAUCGAACACCCUCCAAUACUCAGGAUAAGGUUUAUAAGAAAUUUUUUUACUUUUACAAAUUCUAUAAGCAAAUUGAAUUCUUUAUCUUUUUUCAGACCAUAGCUUGUCCUCAACACCUUAUAAAAGAUAAAGAUAAGGAACUAACUACACUUUCUGUGUACCGUCGCGUCUUCGUCCCACGUGAUGAAAAUCGUCAAGUUGCUGCGGUGAUGCAUCAUUCCGAUAACAAACAUCUACUUCGCGUGGGCUCCCUUAUCUUUCUUAGCGUCGGCCAAUUGCUUCCUCAUCAAUUGCAAAAUUUUCACACGCCUAAUUACAUUUAUCCAGUAGGCUACAAAAUCGUGCGUUUCUAUUGGAGUAUGCGCAGACCCAACAAACGUUGCCGCUAUGUUUGUUCGAUUCACGAUGUUUCCGGUCGUCCAGAAUUUCGUGUCUUAGUUCAAGAACCUCUUCAAGAGGAUGUUGAACUGAGAGAUGCUACUCCGCGAGCUGUUUGGAGUCGAAUUUUGGAACCACUUGCCGAAUUGAGAAGAAGUACAAACUCCGUUCAAUUAUUCCCGAGAUACGUUUCAGGAGAAGAUCUAUUUGGCUUGACAGAGCCAGCAGUAGUACGAGUAUUGGAAAGUUUGCCUGGAAUUGAAACUUUAACUGAUUAUAGAUUUAAAUACGGCCGUAACCCUCUGCUAGAAUUGCCCUUGGCCAUCAAUCCAACUGGGAGCGCGCGGACGGAGGCACGUUUACGAAAUCAGUUACCAUGGAAGCGACCACAUACGCAACGUACAGGAGGUUUUGCUUCACGUGGGGUACCAUUUGGUCUGCCAACCUGUGGUGCCGCAGCAACAAUGGGCGGAGGAGUUUCAACAUUAGUUGCAGCAGUCGCUGCCGCGGGUGAGGCCGCUUCCUGUCCAUAUUCAAAGCAAUUCGUACAUUCUAAGAGUUCGCAGUACAAGAAGAUGAAGCAGGAAUGGCGUAAUAAUGUCUAUUUGGCAAGAUCAAAGAUUCAGGGUUUGGGAUUGUAUGCGGCAAGAGAUCUGGAGAAGCACACAAUGGUGAUCGAAUAUAUUGGAGAAAUCAUUCGAACAGAAUUAGCAGAAACAAGAGAGAAACAAUAUGAAGCUAGAAAUCGGGGUAUAUAUAUGUUCCGAUUGGACGAAGAACGAGUGGUGGAUGCAACUUUAUGUGGGGGUCUUGCCCGCUACAUCAACCAUUCCUGCAAUCCCAACUGUGUCGCUGAGAUUGUCGAAGUCGAACGCGAUCUCAGAAUUAUAAUCUUUGCUAAGCGUCGAAUCUCACGAGGCGAAGAG